ACGGCUGUGAGCUAAAAACUAAAAAUGUCCAAGAACGAGAUAAAAUAUCAAUCUGUGAACGUGGACGGGACAAACAUAAACUUCCCUUUCGAACCCUACGAUCUACAGAUUGAGUACAUGAGAAAGGUAUUAGAAUGUGUCCGGGAGAGUAAGAAUGGUUUAUUGGAGUCUCCAACAGGAACUGGUAAAACCUUAUCUCUUCUCUGCUCCUCGCUGGCUUGGCUCGAGGAAACCAAGGCAAUGGGUCAGCUUGCUAGGAUGCAGGCUGCAGCUAACGCUGACCCUGCUGCAGAUUGGAUCAGUAUGGGAGGAGGACCCAGACAUAAGAUUAUAUAUUCCAGUAGGACGCAUUCUCAGCUCAGUCAAGCUAUGGGAGAACUAGCAGGAACUACCUACCGACACAUGAAAGUAUCUAUCCUUGGUUCAAGGGAUCAGCUGUGUGUUAACCCUGCUGUUAUGGAGGCUGGAUCUAGCAGGGAGAAAUUAAAUAUGUGUCAGGCUCGUGUUAAAGCCAAGACUUGUUCAUACCAUCAGAACGUAGAGAAACAAAAAGAAAGACCUGAGCUGCGGGAUAAUGUAAUCAUGGAUAUUGAGGAGCUUCACAAACUUGGGAAGAAACAUAACUUCUGUCCCUUCUACAUGUCACGUGAGCUCUACCAGUCAGCUGACGUCAUAUUCAUGCCCUAUAAUUAUCUACUAGACCCUAAGACAAGAAAAACCCUUGACCUUGAUUUGACCGGCGCAGUUAUUAUUUUCGACGAGGCGCACAACAUUCAGAAACUAUGUGAAGAAUCUGCCUCUGUCUCUAUAACACUGGCAGAUAUAGCUCAAGCUGUUCAGGAUAUUAGUUCUAUCAGUGAAGAGAUGGCCGAACCUGCUGUGGGGUUCGAUGUUAAAGGAGAACAAAUUGGAUCCAAGGAUCUAAAUGAAUCUGAGAUGCUCGCAAUUAAAGGGUUUCUUCUGGAGAUUGAAACAGGAUUGGGGAAUAUCAUGAAGAAUCAAAAAAGUUUAACAAAACCUGGAUCAUUUAUCUCAGAUGUUUUUGGAGCUUUCAAACUCGGCAAUGUACAGCAUACUUUAGAUCUGUUGGUUAACUACACUAAUGGGCAGAAUGAGGGUGGGAUGUCUACCAAAGGUCGAGGAUUAUCAAAACUAGCGGAUUUAAUAUCUAUUGCAUUCAACGAGAAUGUGAGCCAGGAGAAUCUAGAGACUUUAUACAAGGUUCAUAUAAGUAAGGAGGAGAAGAGUGAAGGAGGACGAGGAUUUCUUAAAUCUCGAAGUGAAACUGUUACUUUGAACCUCUGGUGUUUCAGUCCUGGGUUCAGUAUGCAGAGAUUAGCAAAACUCGGAGCUAGGUCUAUAAUCCUGACCAGUGGAACCUUGUCUCCGCUUCAAGCUUUCCAGGAAGAAAUAGGAAUACCGUUCCCAGUUCAGCUUGAGAACAAACACAUCAUCUCAGCUAGUCAGGUUUGGUGUGGAGUCCUAUCUCAUGGUCCAGAUGGAACCCAGUUGAACUCCUCCUUCAGAUGCAGAUCUGAUCCUAAAUAUCUAACAUCUCUUGGACAAACUGUAUUGAACAUCAUCAGAUUAGUCCCUCAUGGUGUUCUCAUCUUCUUCCCAUCCUACAGUUUGAUGAACUCAACUCGGGAUUUCUGGCAGAACUGUGGUAUCUGGUCUAAACUGGAGAUGGUAAAACCAAUUUUCUUGGAACCUCAGAAGAAGGAUGCACUCUCAGCAACUAUGAAAGAAUAUUACACUGCGGCCAAGGAUGUGAAAGGGGCUUGCUUCAUGGCUGUUUGCCGAGGAAAGGUGGCCGAAGGUUUAGAUUUCGCCGACGAUAAUGGAAGAGCAGUUCUUAUCAUGGGUCUACCCUAUCCUCCUCUCAAGGAUGCGAGGGUUGAACUAAAACGACAGUUUCUCGAUGAUGAGUUAAAAAAGUCUGGUAAGACUGGGGGUCAAGGUAUGACCGGCAGCAGAUGGUAUAGUCUAGAAGCAUUCAGGGCAACCAACCAGGCUGUAGGAAGGGUCAUCAGACACUCUAGGGACCACGGAGCUAUAAUAUUCCUUGAUAACCGGUUCUGUGACCAGAUGGCCCGCCAGGCACUCUCACGCUGGCUUCAACCCUUCUUCCAGACUCACAACCAGGUUGGAACUGCAAUCAAAGGUAUCGCAAGCUUUUUCAAGACGGACAGUUUAAUUGGAAAACUUCGCGGGGAUUUUAUAGCGGAGCAAACCGCCAUGAUCAACAAGAACAAGAGUUUAAAAAGACAAAGAGUAAAUAUAAGGAUUGAGGAUGAUGAACCUGCGGCGGUUAACUGCAGUGCUGAGGAGUACAAGGGAGAAUUGGAGAAACAAUCUACUGCUGAAUCAAUUUAUUCAACCUCGUCAGAGAGAAUAAAUUUCCAUUCGCAAAAUUCUAAACCUGACUCAGCUGUGUUCUUGAAACCUUUCCCUGUUCCUUUGAAAUCUGUUCAACCUCGAAAAAAAGUUCGAAUUGCAGUUCGAGGAUUUCCCUCAGCCGAUACCAGGGAUGAAAACCAGGCCCAGAAUCUCCAGAAACCUCCAAAAGCUGAGGCUCCUAAAACGUUUCAGGAGGAUGCUCAUGAUAAAGCUAAGCACUAUGUUACAAUGCUGAAGAAAACUGUUACUAAGGACGAGUUUGCGUUAUUUAAAGAUGCGAUUAAAUCCUAUAAAACUCGUGAAGAUUUUACGGACGUCAAGGCUGCCUUGGAGACUAUCAUGGUAAAGUACGUGCUUGUGAAACCAGAGCUACUCAGCGGUUUCAAGGUGUUCAUGAAAAAGCAUCAUGCGGAGGAGUUCGAUAAAUUCUGUUUGGAGAAAAUAUCCGAGGCUCAGGGUUCUUCUCCGCAUGUAGAAACAUCUUGAAUCUCCAGGAUUAGGGGAAGCUGAGAGCGUAUAUCAUCCCUCAUAUUUAAGUCUGUAUCAGUCCUUCAUGGAAUUCCUUCCUACUCUUCCAUAAGAAGGCUAUUUUGUAUUUUUGUUGUACGCUUAAUCCACCACUCUAACAUCUGUGAUAUUUUGUUUUUAAAUACAUUUUUUAAUCUAU